GCGGUCUCUUUGGAAUCUGCGAACAAGGACUGAUCGCAAAAAAAGCCCGUCAGCUGCCCGCUCAUGCCUUUUCAAUUCCUCUUAAGUAAGUAGGACAGCGUCGACUUUGGCUCGCAUGAAGAUCGUGUUGGUUGGUGGCCCUUGGUCUAAAAACUACAAGGUACUAGAAGUCUGUCUUCUGAAGAUUCUUCUCAUAAAUAAUUGUCUAUCUCUGUACUGCUAUCAAUUUUGUCGUCAACCACCAAGAUGAGCGGCCAACAGACGUCUUGUCUGUCGGAGAAAUCCGACGCGGCGCAACUCGCAGCUGAGGAGCAUGCUGUGGAGUAUGACGAACAAAGUGAACGCGAAGGCGAUCUCAGUGUGUGGUUUCAGGAAGACGAAAACAGUGGGACGACCGUCAAAAGGAACACAAGCCUAACGUCGUCCUCAGCAGCAGAUACUAGCAGGGUAUUCGAAAACUCAAAAUAACCGAGUUACUGACUGAAAUAAGGGAGGUAGCUUAAAAUAAAGGCUACUCGUCCUUCUCGUCAGUUAUCUCGGUUAUUUUCGUCUGUUACUCGCUUAUUUCCGUUUUUCGAGUAGUUAGUGCUGGCUGUCAUAGCGCUAGUCGUGGUCAGCACAAGAACAAAGCCAGAAAAAGCAGCACCGGAAAUGGAACACUGGUUCAAAAAAAAUGUGACCCUAUUCUGGCAAGAUAGGCGGACAGAGCGGCAAUCGGCGUGGCUCAGCUUACAGGGAGUAGCCGCGAUCGUUGAAAACAAAGACAAGAAUUUGCAGCUGGGUCAUGCGAGGAAAAGAAAGGGCCUUAAAGAAGAAGUAGCUGGAGCUCACUCUACAUCACAUACACCUCAUACCAAUCCUCAGAAGUGUCAUGCGCAACAAGAUGAUAAGGUGAUGAUAGUGAUAAAGAUAGAACGCAUGGAAAUCCAAGACUAUGCCAAUGCUAUUACUGCAAAUUCCGGGACAAAUACUUGGCUGCCCCUCAUUCUCGAGAAAAGAGAGAAGGAAUGGACGAUAAAAAGUUGAAGUUGAACUAUGAAGUUCUUGAAGACAUGGUGCAGAAGAUCAUAGUGUGUAGAAGCUGGCGUGGAGACUGUGAGGUAUUGAGAUCGAAAAUUUC